AAAACUUUGUUUAAAUUUGAAAUUAUAUCAAGUGUAUAAAAGAUUAUAGACUUAGUACACACCAACUUAACUCUUGUGAAAAGAUGUUCAGUAUUGCCAGCUGGUAGGGAAAUAUGAGUUAAAUCUGAAAUGGAAUAUCACUACACACAUACUGAAAUGGCUAAAAUAAAAAAUAUAGGUAGUUCCAAAAUGGCAGAGAUGUUAAGAAGCUGGGUCCCAUAUGCUGCUUGUGGAGUAUUCAGUAGUACCGUCCCUGUAGGGAUCAGUCUGGCAGUUUCUCCAGAAAGUUAAAUCUGCCCUGCACUCAUGCAUUUGUCCUAGAUAAUUGAAAGCUUAUUUUCACAUAGAAAUCCAUAUGCAAUUUGUAAUUGCCCAAGACCAGAAAUGACCCACAUGUCCCUCAAAGGGUAAAUGGUUUAAUAAACUAGCAUGUUCACAUCAGGGGUGUGCCUUAGCAGGACCCGUGGCAUGAUCUGUGUUGGCCUCAGGGGUGUUGUACUGAGUAAGGCCACUCAGAAGGUCUUUCCCAAAUGAUUUAUGUGACAUUCUUAAAGUGCACUACUCAGAGUGAUAGAGAAGAGGUUAGUUGCCAGAUCCUAGGACAGUGGGCAAGAUUGAAUGUCACCUUAAGGUGCAGGAGAAUGAUCUUUGGUGAUUGUGGGAUAAGUUCUCAUGGUGGUAGGUACACAAAUCUGUACAUGUGAUAGGCAAGUGUCAGCAUUGGAGAAAUGUGAGUAAGGGGUCCUCAGGAUCUUUCUGUAUGAUUUUUAUAACUUCUAUGGGUCUGUAAUUAUUUGAAAAUAAAAAGUGGAAGUAACUGUGCACACUAUUCAAUUUGAUUCCCUAAAUGUUAGUAUCUUGGAUGACCACAUACAAGUAUGAAAACCAGGAAAUUAACAUUGAUGGAUCACUAUCAUCCAGUCUACAGAUCUAACUCAAUUUCUCAUGUCUUUGUCUAAGACCAGUGAGGUCAUACUGCUUCAUCCAAUUCCAACGUAGCAGCACUGAGUUGUUCUAGCCAAGGGUCAGCAACCUGUGGCCUCCACCUGUCUUGUGAGUAAAGAGUCCUUGGAGCAUAGUCCUGCCCUUUCCUUUCCUUGUCACCUGUGGCUGUUCUUGAGUGCUGGAGAGGCUCUCUGGCUAGCAAAGUCUUGGGUGCCUUCUCACGGGCCCUUCCAGGAGUGGUUUACUGACCCCUUUCUUUCUCUGUCAGUGAGAAGUCCGCCUCUUAUUAGCCUCAGUCUGUGCCCAAGUACACAUAAAGUAGCUUCACAGUGCUGCUCUACACUACUGGGGAACCCCCAGCUGACUGGAUUGUAUGAUUGCUGAAGUGCUGCUUGUCUUUAAAGGUCACCAUGCUGUCUUCAAGAGUCACUUGGGUGACGUGACAAUGGAUGCUGUUUUGGCUCGGUUAAAACUCCUGAGUCCAGAUGACCUCAGAGAAGAAGUCUUCAGAGCUGGAUUGAAAUGUGGCCCCAUUACAUCAACCACAAGGUUCAUUUUUGAAAAGAAAUUGGCUCAGGCUUUACUAGAGCAAGGUGGAGUGCUGCCCUCCUCUCUUCCCAACCUCAGGGAGACAGCUGCAGCACUCAGCCAAGACACACAGAGGACUCUGCCGUCUGCUGAAGGAAACCUGACUGUGCAGGCCAGUUUUUCUGAAGACAGAGAUUUUAAUUACAGUGUGGGCUUGAAUCCGCCAGAGGAGGAAGCUGUGGCAUCCAAGGCACGCCCAGAGCCCCUAGGUGCCUCCGUCAGGAGUAACACCCACCAGGCUGGAGCAACGCCCUCUAAGGAGCCAUCCCUGUACUAUGGAGUGUGCCCAGUGUAUGAGGAUGGCCCAGUGAGAAAUGAAAAGAUCCAUGUUUAUGAAGAUAAAAAGGAGGCAUUGCAAGCUGUCAAAAUGAUCAAAGGGUCCCGAUUUAAAGCUUUUCCAACCAGAGAAGAUGCUGAGAAAUUUGCUAGAGGAAUUUGUGACUAUUUCCCUUCUCCAAGCAGAGCCUCGUCACCGCUGUCCCCUGUGCGGGCAGCACCACUCCUCAGCAGUGGUGGGCUGAAAGAUGGUCUGUGCUUAUCUGAACCAGAAACAGUAAACAAGGAGCGAGCAAACAGCUACAAAAACCCCCGCACGCAGGACCUCACUGCCAAGCUGCGGAAAGCUGUGGAGAAGGGGGAGGAGGACACCUUUUCUGACCUUAUCUGGAGCAACCCCCGGUAUCUGAUUGGCUCAGGGGACAAUCCAACCAUUGUGCAGGAAGGGUGUAGGUACAACGUCAUGCAUGUUGCUGCCAAAGAGAAUCAGGCUUCUGUCUGCCAGCUGACGUUGGAAACACUGGAAAACCCCGAGUUCAUGCGGCUUAUGUACCCGGAUGAUGACCAGAGCAUGCUGCAGAAGCGCAUCCGCUACAUCGUGGACUUGUAUCUGAACACCCCGGACAAAGUGGGCUAUGACACACCUUUGCACUUUGCUUGCAAGUUUGGGAAUGCGGAUGUGGUCAGUGUACUUUCUUCACACCCUUUGAUUGUGAAAAACCCAAGGAAUAAAUAUGGAAAAACACCUGAAGAUGUGAUUUGUGAACGAAGCAAAAAUAAGCCUGUGGAACUGAAAGAGCGGAUCAGAGAGUACCUAAAGGGUCACUACUACGUGCCACUUCUGAGAGCAGAAGACACUUCCUCUCCAGUCAUCGGGGAGCUAUGGUCCUCAGACCAGACGGCCGAGGCCUCAAACACCAGCCACUGUGGAAGUGACCCCAGAGAACCUGUGCUGACCCUGAGAGCCUUCGCAGGGCCCCUGAGUCCAGCCAAGGCAGAAGACUUUCGGAGACUCUGGAAAACUCCACCUCGAGAGAAAGCAAGCUUCUUCCACAGUGUCAGGAAAUCUGACCCAGAAAGAGGCAUUGAGAGAGUGGGAAGGGAGCUGGCUCAUGAGCUGGGGUAUCCCUGGGUUGAAUACUGGGAAUUUCUGGACUGUUUUGUUGACCUAUCUUCCCAGGAGGGCCUGCAGAGACUGGAAGAGUAUCUUGCUCAGCAGGAAAUGGGCAGAAAGGAGGCCUGCCCCCGAGACCAAACCCCGACUUCUGGUAGCAGGAAGAAGGGCAGCAAUUCCAUUUCUGUGGGGGCAUUUCUAGAUGAGGACAAUGACGUGAGCUUGGAAGAAAUUACAAAUGGGCAGAAUGCAGCUCCACAUCAGAGCCAGCCCACAGUCAGUGCUUUUGGAAACUUGGAGCACAGUGGCCUUUCCCAGGGGCAGCAGGCAGACCCAGUGGGAGCCUCAGACCAGCACCAUCCCCACACCAGCAGAAACAAGUUCUGCAGUCCCUUGACCCAUAGCAGGAUCCCAGGCGUGGAGAAACCAGAGGCCCUCAGUGGAGAGGAGGCCCUUUUGUCACCUAUCUCCAGUUUGACUCUUGAGUUUGAUAAAAUGGAUUUGCGAAAUCUAAAAGAUAGCCUUUCUAAGACAGCAAAUAAAAAUAUGAAAACUAAAGAUCAGAUCCUGACUUCAAGAAAGGACAUACCGCCUGCUGCUGCAGUCGGACUGGGAAAUGACCAGAUGAGGACAGAUGGCGAGAUGUCAGCUGGUCUGGCAAAGAUGUCCCUGGACCCCAACAGUCCUGAGUGGGGGAACCAGCAGAUGUGCAGACCUCAGUCCCAGCCUACACCCCUGUCUGCAUCCUCCCCCUCCACAAGGGACAGCACCAGGAGACUGUUCCUCUUUGGAGAGGAGCCAUCAAAACUCGAUCGGGAUGUCUUGGCAGCUCUUGAACGUGCAGAUGUCGACCCGUAUCUGUUCCCAGCUGUGCAUAGAUGGAAGAGCACUGUCCUGUGCUAUUCCCCCUCAGACAGGCAGAGUUGGCCAAGCCCUGCACUGAAAGGAAAGUUCAAGUCUCAGCUGCCAGAUCUUGGAUGCCCUCACAGCUACAAUCCAGUGCGAAGUGGUGCAGCCGGCAGCAGCCCUGGGAAACUCAGCCAUGCUUCCUGUUCACCGGGCCUGGGAAGCCCCAGGCGCUAUAGCCCUGCACACGGGAGCCAUCUCCGCAGGGUGGCACACAUAGCCCAGCUCACAGCCCUAUAGGGUUGGUACUUGCUGCAGAGGCUUGGGGUUCCUAGGCUUAUUGGUCAAAUUUCAUAAAGGAGUAUAUUCUGAAUAAUUUAUUAAUCCUCACUUUGAGGGUAUAAUUUUAGAAAUGCAAAUGUUCUAAAUAAAAUUUACAUUUCUGAUAAAUGGAAGAAGUUAACAAAAGUACACUCAGAUACGUGUUUCGGGUAAUGAUCCCGGGUUUGUUGUUGGGCAAAGGUGCAAAGGCCCUUAAACAGCAGGUGGCCAUCACUUCCCAAUACUGAGCAGGCGCUAUGGACGAGAGGUGACUGGCCCCGAGGUCAGCAUCACCCUGUAGCUCUUGUGCUUGCCUCUACAAGAAGGCUGGACUGGCUGCCUCUUGUGUCUGCUGUUAUAUGCUACGGAAGUCAGUGCUCACCCAGACAAGGGCGAGCUGCAUGUUAUCUCGCCUUUUCUGGGGCAGCCGCAUUCUGGUGCAGGAUAAUGGCCAACAUGGAUGGUCUGCAAGUCUUCCUGGAUGGGCAGCAGGGAGCCAGUGAGCUUGCCUGAGUCAGAUACUCAGUGGUAUUCAAAACACUGCUGAUCAGAGUAGUAGGGGAAAGUAGCUUUUCUCUUGGAAAAAAAUGUGUAGCUAUUGGGAUCCAUGCAGAUGGUCAGAAAACUCACCAGCACAUGAGCUGUCCCUCUGCUUCCCUUAGUCACCAGCUUCGUAGUGACCAUUAAUCUGUAACCUGUUCCCUAGCUUUGAAAUUUGUCCUGAGAAUUAGUUAAGCAUAAUUUUUUCUAUUGCAGAUUAUACAAGUGGAUCCCACGUUUAGAAUUCAUUUCAAUUGGAUUUCCUUGAAAAGAGCGUUUUGCUGCAGUACAGAAACCAAAAUUUAAGUCCGUUCCAGUUACUUGUGGUGUUGACGUUAACCUUUUCCCUUGGCACCAGCCUGGGGACGGUCUGUCCCCAUGUGGGGAGCAGGAAACACUGCCAGCUGCCAGGGUGCCUGAGGUAGGGUGGCCUUACAGCAGGCAAGUCUCUUCCAGGUGUCAGGACAGUGGCUCCCACACAGCAUUCUGUGGACAUGUCCAGUGUUUGAUCCAAAACAAAAACUGCUGCUGCUCUUGCCAACCUCAGUGCCUUUUGUAAAUCAUUUUUAAUUGUCCCGAAUUUACUUUUUGAGACUAUAAAAUAUAUUAAGUAGGUAUUCCUUUUCAUAUAUAAAAUUGCUGAAUUGAACUGUGUAAAGAAAAAAGUUUUAUUUCAUGUGAUAAACAUGUUAUUUGGGAAUAUUGGAAUUAAUAUUUAGGUCUUAAAUCCAGGUUUGUCACACAGGGUGUUUUCAUUGUUGUGCCACAGACAAGCUCUGGACACAGGACGGAACAGCACAGUCUAGACAGUGGCAUCUUAAAAAGGCAUCUCUGUUCUAAAAAAAAAAAAAAAA